GACAGCAAAACCACAACAUUUUGUAGGUUAUCAAUAAAUUCUGUUGCAUUGAAUUUUGUAUUAUCCCUAAUUUCGGCUAAUUGCAUUCAUUAUUCAACUAGUCGGAACAUGUAACUACUAUUAACCUACUAAUUCUAGCCUGAAUCUUAUGAUUUCUUCUAUUAUCAACGUUUAUUUGAGAAUUUUACUAUGUGAGUUUGCAUUUGUUCUGGAUUCAACUUAGAAGAUUAUCCUUUUCACUGUCAAAUACAAGAAAAAGCUUAUAAUUAGAAUGUCUACAACCUUAUCUUUGAUCAACACAGUAUUGCGGGUUGUUUCUGCCCAAAAAACAUUAAAAAUUGGGCUUAAAACUUUAGCAAAUCCCAAUUAUUUUGCUGUAGUACGUCAUGCUUCAUGCUAUAGAGCAGCAGUUCUAAAAGCCGUCAAUGAGCCGCUAGUAAUUGAAGAUGUAAAACAAGUCAAACUAAAAAAAGGCCAAGUUCGAAUAAAAGUCGAGGCAUGUGCUGUAAACGUCUCAGAUCUACUGAUGUAUCAAGGAGUGAGUCCAGUACAACCCAGUCUACCUUUUGUACCAGGUUUCGAAAUAUCAGGCCAAAUCCUCGAAGCGAAUCUAGCUGCUCCAGUAGCGAAAGAAAAGAAGGCGAAGCAGAAAGAAAACGGAAAGCAGACCACAAAAGACAACAAGAAGAAGAAAGAUGAUGACGACGAUGAUGAAGAUGAUGAUGACGGUGAAUUCCCUUUACAAAAUGGCGACCGGGUGAUAGCUUUAAGUCGAGAUACUCUGUCCGGAUUCGCCGAGGAGUGUGUGGUGGAUGUUAAGGAUGUGUGGCGUAUCCCCUCCAGCCUGAGCUUCAGUACGGCAGCCGGAUUGGCUGAUGCAUAUGCUUUGGCACUGCUGGGAUUGGCUAGACGAGCCUGCAUUAAGGCCAAUAACCUGGUGCUUAUCACAACCGGGGUUGGAGGUCUCGGAUUGGCUGCUAUUGAUGUCGCUUCUAAUGUUUAUAAAGCUAAGGUAAUCGGCAUGUGUAAGACAGAGAAAACAGGUGAACUACUGCGUCAGAAGGGGGCAUGGAGUGCCAUCACUUUCGGAGAGAAAGGAUUGAAGAAAAAAGUGGCCGAAUUAAGUGGAAAACUGGGGGUGGACACUGUUUUUGAGACCGUGGGUGAUGAAGUGUUUAACACUGCUAUUCAUAGCGUCGCUCAUGAAGGCAAAGUGAUAGUGGCUGGAUUUGCAUCGCAGAAAAUUCCUGACAUUCCAAUGUCGGAAUUGUUGACUCUCCCUUCGUUCAGCCUCAUCGGGGUCUCUCUCAGGGACUAUAGAGAAACAAAUUACAACGUUUACAGGCAACUAGUCUACGAUGUUCUAACACUACACGAGCAGGACAUCAUUAAACCAGUUAUUUCAAAGGAAUUCAAGCUAGAGCAAGUGAAUGAGGCCCUGAAACAUCUGGCCGAAACGGAGACUAUUGGCAAAAUUAUACUCACAACUUCUAGUAAAAAAUAGAUAUAUUUUGUUAGGUACUUACUGCUUCCAUUACAACUGAUUUUGUUUUAAAACGAGCUGCUAAAGAUCCACUGUAUUACAAUUUUGCGAGAAACCUUCUCUAUCAGCUAUGUUUCAAUUGUUUAUAAUAGAACAAAGAAUAGCAAAGGUGUUUCAACUUGUUACAGGGAUCUGUUGUAAUGAAAGAGAUGUAUUUCUAGAUUAUGUUUCUAUUACAACAGAUUUUCAUCAAAGCAUGUUGCAAGAUUGAUAUUGUUUUAGCUGUUUCCAUGCUAUAGAAUAGGAGCAUUAGCCGAGUUAUCCAACUUGUCCCUGGGAUUUGUUGUGUUGAAAAGGUUGUCUCCUGAGAUUCUUUCUGUGCAACUAUUUUCAACAGGUAUUUUCAACCUAUUUUUUACAACAGGUUUCAAAAGGUAUUUGAAUAGAAUGUUUCAAUGUUUUAUCAUCAUAAACAACUUGUUCCUGGGAUUUGUUGUAUUGAGAAUGCUGUCUCCUAAGAUUUUCUCUGUGCAACUAUUUUGUUCUACGACAUGUUGCAGAGGCUUUUAAAUAGUAUGUUUCUAUGUUGUAUUAAUGUAAGCAACUUGUUCCUGCGAUUUGUUGUAUUGUUAACGAUGUCUCAUAAGAUUUUCUCAGUGCAGCUAUUUUGUAUUUAAACAUGUUGCAAGAGAUAUUUGAAUCACAUGUCUCCAUGGUUUAUUACUAUAAGGGAGAGCAGCAAAUCUCCGCAACAUAUCUCCUAGAUUUGUUGUAAUGGAACGUGGUAUCUAGCUUUGUUAUUCGUUUAAAAUUAUUGUUGCAAUAAUAACUGUUGUAGAGAGCCUACUAGUGAAAUAAAAUUUUGAAAUUGCUAGAAAUGAAUCUUUUAAGGCAGCCCCAACUAUUUUAAAGUGAAAGAUUAGGUAGUUUUUCGAAUUUGUUUAUUUGAAAUUUGUAUUGAAAUUGUGAUUCUGUAUUUAAUUAAGUAGGAUAUCUAAAUAAAUUGGUAAGAAAGGUUGUAGUAGAAACUAUGUAGGAACGUUGAAAAAACUGUUAGUAAUUGUAAGAUAUUUUGUCAGAAAAUGUAGUGUUGGGAUUGGUUAGAUUGUUGAAGAAAAUAGGAAGAUAUAGUUUGUGAAUUGGAAAAUGAUUGUUGGAAAAAAUAAAUUUGACAAUAAAUUGUGAGAAUCAAAAUUCUGGAGAACAUGAAGAAAAUCCCAUCUUCAUAAUAUUUUGUAAAUUGAAAUUUCAAAUUGUGUUUGUACAUUGAAUAUGGAUAGUGUUCUUUCUAUAAUUUUACUUACUUUUACAUUGUUUAGGAAAUUUUGUAUUGCUUAAUAACACUGUUUUAGAAAAUUUGAAUUGUUCUUUAUAUUCUAAAUAUUAAAACUAACAUUAAACUCUUAUUUUCAAUUGUUUUAAAUCUAAUCUGUUUUAUUAGCGCAAUACAAUAAUAGGAUAUUAGAUUCAAUAUUAAACUUGCCGUAUUCACCUUGACUUUGCUGUAAAAAUUGAUACCUACGUUCAUGGUUUUAAACGUAUCCUAUCUUACAUAAAUUUUACGUUUAGAUUCUUUGAAACCUUUAGAAUUUUACAGAACUUCAAUAACUCUAUUGAAAUAUCAACUUGUUUCUAUUUUGUAGCCAAAUGGAAGCUCAAUUUAAGCAUUUUGUGAGAUCUAGUUAAAUUACAUAAAAAAAUUGCAUGUGAAAAUAAUGAAGUCUAUGCUUCAACUCAAAUUUGGUAUGGUAACCCUGUUAUCAUACACAAAUUACUAAUUAUAAAAAUGUUGAAAAAAAGAUGAAUACUGUAAUGAGAAGAACUAAAAAAUUAGCAUGAUUGUUGUAAAAAAAAUCCAAGUUAUCAUACUAACUGCCAAUGAAAAAAUUGUUUCAAAAAUAUGAAAAAAAUAAAUACUGUUCUAAAAAACUAGAUAAAUUAGCAUGAUUUUUGUAAAGUUUUGUUUAUUCUAGUUUGAAAUGAAAUUGCUGAGAAACGUUUAUGGAGGUCUUGAAUAAAAAUUCGAAUGGAAUGAA